GGGAUUAAUCAGUACAGUUGUUUUAUGAUAAAUUUGUAACAUCAUAAUUUAUAGUAUUACGUUUAAAGGCCGUGAUUUUUUUAUUUCCAGGUAAUGAACAAGUUCAUACACAAACUAGGAGUACCGAAGGAUUGGUCAGUCGUUGAUGUAGUUGGUUUGGAUGAUGAACUUCUGGCUACUGUUCCUAGCCCUGUCUUGGCUGUAUUAUUGCUGUAUCCAUCAGGAAAUCAGCAUGAAACACUUGGGACAGAAGAAAAAGCAUCUGGUCAGUCACACAGUGACCAAGUAUAUUUUUUGCAGCAGACUAUCAGAAAUGCAUGUGGAACUGUGGCUCUGCUAAAUAGUAUUUCAGCCAUUCAUGAGAUGAGUGCCCGGGAAGGACAGACUCAGUUCAUCUAUUUUAUUUUUAACAUUUGUACAGAUGGUCGCAAGUCUUUUCCAAUUAAUCACGGCCCAACUUCGAGAGAGAACCUGUUGAAGGAUGCUGCUACUGUGUGCAGGAAAUUCAUAGAGCGAGAUCCUGAGAAUGUGAGAUUUAACGUUCUAGCCUUGGCAGCAGCUGCUAACUGAGAGUCCUGGUCAGUUAUUGUAGCUUAUCUUAGUGUGUGCAGCCUAGCGGGACUUGACUGUGAUGACUUUUUGCUUCAUACCAAAGAUCUUGUUUAAGUAUUGUAUGUGGCCUUUUGUUACACAUCUAUUUUGAAUGCUGAGCAGCAGUUAAAGCAAGUUGCAGCUAUAUUUUUUAUUGUGGCACUGCAUUUUUUGUGCUAUUGAAAAAAAUAAAUUAUUCUAAUUGUGACCAUAAAUAUUCUGUGUGUACUUUAUAGUUGUACCACCUACAUUUUACAAAGUGAUGAGGAAAAAAAUGUCUAUGCCUUUGACGUAGUAAAUUAUGCAAGUUUUAGAUCACCUGAUAUUUGAGUAAUUUAUUUGU